AUGGCUGACGAUAGCAAUACUCAUGAGGAAGAACUCUUUGAGGAAGAGGAGGUUGACGAAACUAGCUUUCGAGCUGUUAAGGAUGCCGUUCUCUUUGCCAUUGAUAUCAGCAGUUCAAUGCUGACCCCUCGUCCCUCUACCAACCCUAAGAAACCGGGUGAGGAGUCGCCAGCGUCUGCAGCUCUCAAAUGCGCCUAUCACUUGAUGCAGCAGCGUAUCAUAUCGAACCCUAAAGACAUGAUAGGUGUGCUUCUCUAUGGAACUCGCUUAUCCAAGUCCCAUGAUGGAGAUGAAGAAAGCGGUGCUGACCUCUCAUACCCUCACUGCUACCUCUUUACCGACCUGAACAUUCCAUUGGCCCAAGAUGUGAAAGAUCUUCGAGCUCUUGCAGAGAACGACGAAGAAUUUCGCGAAAUUCUCCAGCCAUCAGACGAGCCAGGAUCUAUGGCUAAUGUUUUGUUCUGUGCCAAUCAAAUCUUCUCAUCCAGAGCCUCUAACUUUCUCUCGCGCCGACUGUUCAUUGUGACCGAUGACGAUAACCCGCAUGCAAACAACGAGCAACUUCGAAAGGCCUCGGCAGUCCGUGCAAGAGAUUUGUAUGACUUGGGAGUUACGAUCGAACUUUUUCCCAUUUCUCGGCCAGAUCAGGAGUUUGACACCUCGAAAUACUACUAUGACAUAAUCUACAAAGCUGAACCCAGUGAUGGCGAAGCACCAGUCUAUCUUCAGCGAGAGACUAAAUCGUCUGCCCAAGGAGACGGUAUCGCAUUACUCAACUCUCUGCUAUCAAGUAUUAACUCGAGAUCCGUCGCUAAGCGGUCAUUAUUCUCCAAGAUACCAUUGGAGAUUGGACCAAAUCUCAAAAUCUCCGUGAAUGGAUACCUUUUGCUGAAACGACAGCAGCCUGCUCGAACUGACGAUACAGCACACACUGUUGAGAAAUCAGAAACCAGAAAGGCAUACAAGUUUGGCGGUGGACAGAUCUAUUUCACACCUGAUGAACUUACAGUAUUGAAAGACUUUGGAGAGCCAGUCAUUCGAAUCAUUGGCUUCAAGUCACUCGAUUCAUUGCCCAUCUGGGCUAAUGUCAAGCAUCCCACGUUCAUCUACCCUACUGAAGAAGACUACAUCGGCUCUACCCGUGUCUUCUCUGCGCUGCAGCAGAAACUUCUCAAGGACAAGAAGUUGGCUCUUGUUUGGUUCAUUCCCCGCAAGAAUUCCGUCCCCGUAUUGGGCGCCAUGAUUGCUGGCGAUGAGCAGAUUGACGAGAACAGCAUUCAAAAGCUUCCCCCUGGGAUGUGGAUUAUUCCUCUUCCUUUCGCAGACGAUGUGCGGAAAAAUCCACCCGGCGCCGAUUUUACCCCGGCACCAGAGCCUCUGAUCGAUACAAUGAAGGAGGUACUAGGACAGCUCCAGCUCCCCAAGGGCGUUUACGACCCCGUGAAGUAUCCGAAUCCAUCACUCCAAUGGCAUUAUCGCAUUCUUCAGGCGAUAGCUCUGGAUGAAGAACUUCCCGAACAGCCGGAUGAUAAGACUCUUCCCAAGUAUCGGCAAAUUGAUAAGCGCGCCGGCGAGUACGUUCUCCAAUGGUCCGCAGAACUCGACGCACAUAGUGAAAAGAUGUUUGGGGGAAGUUCUGCCGCAAGGUCAACUCUUGUGAAGCGAGGCCCGAGAGGCAGCACCGAGAGUGAUAACCCAGCGAAACGGGUCAAGGUUGAGGAUGGUCCCUCCGAUGUGGAUGCCGAGAUCAAGAGAAAUAUGGAGAAGGGGACUUUGUCGAAGCUUACGGUGGCAAUCCUGAAGGAUUUUCUUACUUCCCAUGGCCGUACUGCUGCAGGGAAGAAGGCUGAUCUCAUCGAACGCGUGGAGCAGUUUUUUGAGGAGAAGUCCUGA